AUGGCACCAAUCGAGAAAGAAGAGGAGAUUCAUGCAAUCGUCGACGAUCUCUCGGUUCGUCUCGGUCAACUCGGCGAUGGCUGGUUGACUGCCAGCGAGAAAGCACCAAAAUAUUUCGAGUUUACUCCAAUCGAAUUGUACGCUUUUACGGAACGAUUGAAAUUGGCGGAACCGACAAUAUCCGAGACAAACACCUCAGCCGAUCUUAGCAACACCGUUGAUUUCUUGUCUCGAGUCAAGAAUUUGAAAAUCCGAGGCUCUCGUGGCUAUGUCCGAUCAUCAAACAUUGUCUGCAAUUCUUUAUCUCUGAGCCUUCACCAUUGUAAAAACUUAUUAUCGCUAUGGGUAGCCGACUUUGACGUCUCGCGGAUUGAGGGGAUCUCGCAUUUAAGGAAAUCGUUGAGGCGAUUGGUUAUUCAUUAUUCGAUGAGUCGCAUAAGGGAUUUCUUUGUAAAAGAAGAGCUUUCCGUUGCCGAUUUUGAAGAUUCAUGGGAAUCGUUGGAAGAAGCCGAUUUCUCCUUCAAUCACCUUGAAGAGAUUGAUGACUCAAUUCGCUCUCUCAAAGCACUCGUCCGGCUGAAUGUUUCGCAGAAUCGGCUGACGAGCAUCGGCUCAACUCUUCAGCAUUUACCUAGAUUAUCUUAUUUGGAUUUGUCAAAGAAUAAUAUUGCCUCUGUCUCUGGAUGGUCUCAACUCCUCGGUCAAAUCUCUGUUCUAAAAAUUGCCAACAAUUCAAUCAAAUCGCUAGAAGGUAUUGCAAAACUUUACUCAUUAGAAGUUCUUGAUGCAAGUGAUAAUCAAUUAGACACGAUUGAAUCGGUGAUUUUCAUCGGAAAUCUUCCAUGUCUUGAAGUGCUCAACUUGAAAGGGAACAAGGUUCGAAAAGUGGUCGAGUACCGAACGAGGAUAUUGGAAGCGUUUGAAGAAAGAGCUGGAUUGGUGACACUCGAUGGACAACCAGGAGAUGCCCACGAAAAAGAUACGAUUGCGGUGAGAUUGGCACUGAAAAAGGCUAAAGAAGAAAAAGAGAUGGUCGAUCGAGAAAGGAAAGAGAAGAUUGAGAGGAGUGUGAGGUAUAUUUCCAAUUGCGAAGGAUCGGACACAUCUCCGUACGGAAGUUUUCGAAACAAUUUA